UCUUCAACCUGACAGAAUGAAGGCUCCAUCUGGCUCUCUACUCCUUGACUUUGCCAUGCUGCUUGCGUCUGGAUUGACUGUUUCUGCAAUCUCUCUGAAUGUCAGUCCAAACCGUCAGCAGUUCUUUACGAGAGAGUCAGUCAGUCUGACUUGUGAGGGAGAGGAGAGCUCUGAUGGAUGGACGCUGAAGAGGAUAUCAGUAGUAAAGACAGAGAAGUGUGGAGCUGCUCGGGGUUUUGGGAGACGCAAUGGUUCCUCCUGCAUUGUCUCAGAUCUGUCUCCAUUAUCAGACCGAGGUGUUUACUGGUGUGAACACCGCAGUGGACAGAGGAGCAUCAAAGUCACCAUCACUGUAUCAGAUCGUCCUUUUAUCAUGGAGAUCCCUGCACUCCCUGUGAUGGCAGGAAGUGACGUUACUCUGCGCUGCAGGAGCAGGAACGGUUCCACCAUUCCGGUUAACUUCUUCAAGUUUGGCAGACAUAGUACCCCGAUUGGAGCUGCACCUGAAGGAGAGUUUCCCAUCAGAAAUGUCCAACAGUCUGACGAAGGUUUCUACUGGUGUUCUACUGGUCAGACUGAAUCACCAUCGAGCAGGCUGAAUGUCAGAGCUCCUCCUCCUACGGACUCCACAUCACUCAUCUCUGCAUCUGCUCUGGUCAGACUGCUCUGCCAUCUAGUGGUCAUCAGUCUACACCACAUCUCAGUUGGCCUGAUGGUGUGAGCAUCCUAAUGUAAACUUAAAACAACUACAUCUUUAACCUGACCCUUGUUACUGAGACAUUUGUUAGUAACCACUUAAAUGAAAAAUGUAUCGGUUGAUGGCUCAAUUUCAAUUUCUGCCUUUUAUGCAUCAA